GGUAACAAUGUGUGAAAGUUGGAGGACGUGCAGUCUGAAAACAUGGCGCUAAUGGCAGGGAAAGGCUUUUACCUUGUGGCCACAAAAGAGCAAUCAAGCUCGGCUUCACUUCUGAAUUGCUCCCCGUUUCGGUUCCCCAUGCAGUCGGCUGAUUACCUUUGACACCUUGUCGUGUACCCACUUGCCUUCUUCAAUAAGAUUAGGCUGAUUUUUCAGGCUUGAGUGACAAAGAACUAGUUGGUGGAUUGGGGGCCAGUGUCUGGGGCACUCGGCACUGUCGUUCCAGCACAUUGUGUCGUUUAUUAACAGACGUCAUCGAGGCUUUUCCCUUUCAAUGUGUUAUCCGCCAAGAUGAUAGUCACCAUUCGCUCCAGACAUCCUGGCGCCAGGGCUUUCCCGUGUAUUUAUAUGAGCAGUGUUGUAUUAGUGGCCUUAGUUUUGCUGAGUUUGUGUGGUCAGACAGAUAGCAGACAACAUGAGAAACCAUCAGCUACAAGAGAAGAACAUUUCGACACGGAUGCCAUUGACAGGCUGUCUCGAGUUUUUGGAAUCUCUCGUGUUCCCGCAGACUUUCACCACCGGGCUCCGCCUCAGUACAUGGUGGAGCUAUUUGACAGUAUCACAGACGAAGGGGGCUUGGUGAAAAGCAAAACGCCGUUCGAUGCUGAUGUAGUCAGAAGCUUUCCAGACCGCGCUACGACAGAGCGCAUGCAGUACCGCUAUAACGUCAGUCAUCUGGAAGACGAGGAGCAGAUUCUACAGGCUGAGUUUCAUCUCUUCAAAAUGCGCCCUAAACCAUCCCAGGCACAUGAAAGCAGACCGCCCCACGUGGUCGAGAUGAAGGUGUUUCAGAUUCUGGACCCGUCCGCCCUGACUUCUCGCGCCGGAGUGCGUCUGCUUGACGCCAAGAGGGUUAGUUCUCACAUACACGGCUGGCUAGUGUUCAAAGUCCUCAGGGCAGUAGAGGAAUGGACUAACGGGACAAGGCCCAACCACGGCUUCCUCGUCACGGCCACGUCACUCAAAGGAGUCCAUGUCAACGGAAGUUACAUCCGGUUUGCGCAGCGCAAUGAGCAUCACGACAGCAAGCAGCCAGCUCUGGUGGUCUUCACGGAUGACGGCACAGCCAAACAUAGGAAUUACAUCUCACCGGAUGACGAAGAUUAUGUUCAGAUAAAGGAAGACAUCCGCAGGCGGGAGCAACAGGCUGUGCAGACGAAAACUCAGCAAUUUAAGGAUGCGAUCAGGCUAUUGAACGAGAGACACCGCGCCGAGGCCUCCAACAGUAGAAUCCUCCAAGAUAUCGGCUACCAAGGAGGCAUGCGGCGAAAACGAGAAACGAGAAGGGCUAGCCCUCGUCGGCGAGAUUCCCGUCGUCGGCGUGCCUUGGACUACAAACGACGUCACCGGAAGUCGUGUUCUCGGUACGACAUGUUCGUUAACUUUGAGGAAAUAGGUUGGUCUGGCUGGAUCAUCUCCCCUAAAAGAUAUAACGCUUAUCACUGUAGUGGGGAUUGUCCAUUUCCGCUGGGACAGAAUCAGAAACCUACAAACCACGCCACUGUACAGAGUAUAGUUCACGCUCUCCACGUCGGCAAGGAUGUGUCUACGCCAUGCUGUGUCCCCAACAAACUUUACUCUUUCAGUCUUCUUUAUUUUGAUGACGAAGAAAACGUGAUAUUAAAACAAUAUGACGACAUGGUCGCUGCGACAUGCGGAUGUCACUGAUUGUGCUCAACAAACAGGUUUAUGUGUGGCGUUUACAGGUAUUAGCUGAGGAAAUAUCUCCAUCGUGUUUGUAACGGGCGUGUUCAUGUGAAGAUGUGUUUGCGAGUUCUGCUAACACGGGGACUUGCUUAUCAGUGUCGCUUGGUGAUUUGUCAGAGAUUAAAUGGACCUCAUAAUCGUUCACCACUGUCCAGUUAUAUCCAAGUUAAAGGGUCUUGGUGGAAACCGUUUAGACACGACUUUCAUUUGAAUCCUGUCCAUUCAUGAGCAGGUGUGCAAGAGAAAAGACUGAAGCCAGCUUGAGUGUGACGAGGAAAAAGUGAAGGGGAGAGGGGAAACUGUGUCGAUAUACGUGGUCACGUGAUCGACUGGCUGACAAAGGCCGUACAAUGUACAAUUACUGAAAGUGCUGAAAAAAAGAGAAGAAAACACAUUGACUUUGUAACGUGUGAGGGAAAGAUCUGGUCACCAUAAGCACAAAACUCCGUCUUUCAUGGCCAUUUCGUAGUGUUCAUUUUCCAGGCGAUGCAAAGUUUUGGCAUACUAUGUUGUAAAAUGGCCAUGGCGAUAAUCGUCUAAGUAUAUGCAGGGUCACAUCGAGGAGGAAGCCUGUGAACAGGUGUAUUCAGGACGUGUGAAGGUAAGGGCGAACACCUGCACAAGAGUGGGGAGAACAAUCUAUACCCGCCCUUAACUAGGUCCGCUCUCUGAAGGAGCUACGUACACCCUUUGUGAUGGUGCGUCUUGUCAAGCUCCGAAUGAUCGCUAAGUGGAACUUCAAUGAAUAUCAACCUUAUGUAAUCCUCCGCGCUCGCUGUAAUACUGCCAGAGAACUUGACCAAGCGAAUGUGCUUUAAGUAUGGUGCAAUUUACUACUGAAACUUAACCGACAACAAUACCAGUCCCGUCUUAUCAAGCUGUAUACUGAAUAAUACACUUCGUUGCAUCAGUACCGGUAACACGUUGACUUCUGGAAAUCUUAAACAAUAGGUCUAACAACCAAUGGACUUCCUUUAAAGUUAACUUGUGAUAACUGGAUUUGUAUAUUUGCGUUUAUUACAUUGUAAAUAUGAGUAUGAAAGAUUUUAUAAAAUAUUGUUCAUUUCAUGCAUCGGUGUGCUCCUUCCAGUUAACUACGAAUGUUACAUAUGUAUUCACAUUCUAUAUAAUAAACCAUGCAACUAUAGAUAUGAUGUAAAUAUGUCAAUA